UCCCUCUCCCAAUCAAUCUAUCAGGCUAUCAGCCCUUGAUCAGUAUCUCUCCUCUCUCAUUGUGUCCAUCAUCUCAGCUGGGUAGAAUUAUAAUUUUUUGAAUUAGGUCUAAACACUCUCAUAAUUGUCCAUUGAUGAUUGAUCAUCAUUUUCCAUUGUAGGAGACUAGUAGUAAGAGCCGCCAUUCAUCUUCUUUUACCAGGGAGUGAACUUUCAGAUUUCAAUGGAAGACCCUAUUGAUGAUUUAGCAACUGCAAUUAAGAGGAAGUGUGAUACACUCCCUCCUUUAUCCUCAAAAUGCUGUAUUUACAGAAUCCCUAGAAACCUCCGUAAAGUAAAUGAAAAUUCUUACACUCCUUCCCUAAUCUCUAUCGGCCCCUUCCAUCGUGGCAAUCCAAAGUUUCAUGCCAUGGAGGAGCAAAAGUUGAGAUAUCUACAGAGAUUUCUUCAACGAAGUAACAGGGAAUUGGAGGACUAUCUAAGUGCGUCGAUGAAGUGGGAGAAGGAAGCUCGGGAUUGUUAUUUAGGACCCAUUGAUUUAUCCAGCUUAGAUUUUACAGAGAUGCUUGUGCUUGAUGGCUGCUUCAUAAUCGAGUUCUUUUUAAGGUGGCGUGGAGCUGCUGAUAUUGAGCCCAACGACCGUAUUUUCCACAGGCCAGCUCUAAGCCAAGCUGUAUUACGCGAUCUUAAGUUACUAGAAAAUCAAGUCCCCUUUUUCAUCCUUGAACUAUUAUACAACAUUGCUUUCGAAGACAAUGAAAAGGAGAAGGCUCAUGGCUUCAUGAAGCUCACUUGUGAAUGCCUGAUAAAAAACGGAAAAUUUCCUCAGCAUUUCCAGAAGACAAAAGUUCUGCAUUUGGUUGAUUUUCUUAGAACUUACUACCUACCACCCGAAAAGAAAGAGAUUUGCCACGACAGUGAAGAUUGGGAAUUCCCAGAUGGAAUUUCUGAGCUGUAUGAAUCUGGCGUAACCUUACAGGCCGAUAAAGACGACAAGUUCCUCAACAUCAAAUUUGAAAACGGAGUCCUUCAUAUACCUGAACUGAUGCUUCAAAAUCACACAGAAUCUCAACUCAGAAACCUGGUCGCCUUCGAGCAAUGUCAUUACCCUCGGGAAUCCUUUGUGGUUGAUUAUGUUCUGUUCUUGGAUAGCCUCAUCUACGACAGGAAGGAUGUCGAAGUGUUGGUCAAUCAUGGGAUUAUCUUAAACUCCCCGGGUAGCAGCGAGGACGUUUAUAGACUCUUUAGCAAUAUUUCUAAGGGAACAACGUAUUCUCGUGGAAGCUUCUAUUAUGCUGAUGUCUGUAGGCGACUCAAUGCUUAUUGCGGUACUCCUUGGAAUAGAUGGAAAGCAAUACUUCGGCAAGAUUACUUCAGUAAUCCAUGGUCCAUGAUUUCCACCAUUGCUGCUAUAGUUUUGCUUAUUCUUACUGUUAUUCAAACUUAUUGUGAUAUUAUUCAACUACAAUAUUGAAUACCCCAAAAUUUUCUUGUGCACCCUUUUAAAGUCUUAAAAGGGUGCUGAAUUUCAGAAACAGUAGUAAUAAUCCCUGUAAUAAUUGAGGACUAACCCAAAAUACUCUGCUGUAAUCAUAUUUGAUCAAAUAUUUUGUAAAAAAAUUGGUGCAGUAUGACAA